ACACACACACACACACACACACGCGAGGACACACGCACGCGCACACAAACCGUUCUCCAACCGCACGCAGAACUCCCGCUUCACGUUCACGUUGCUCUUCACCAGAGAACCGGAGCACCGACCCACGAGGAGCAGACGGGACUGGACAAGAUGUCGCGCCUCGCGCAGCUUUAGUGGAAGACUCGCGGCUGUUUGUCACGUGGACCCGCGCGAGGAGAGUCUGAUCCUCCAGCAGUUUCUCCUGCAGCCGCCAUCAUUCCGUGCUGCAAGGCCGACCCCAACAUGACCUCCAGCGGAGACCUCCGUGACCCGGGGAGCUGCGACAGCUUCUGGGAGCCGGGGAACUACAGGAGGACGGUGAAGAGGAUCGACGACGGCCACCGGCUGUGCAGCGACGUGGUCGGCUGCUUCCAGGAGAGGGCCAAGAUCGAGAAGAGCUACGCCCUGCAGCUGAGGGGCUGGGCCCAGAGGUGGAGGGGCGCAGUGGAGAAGGGUCCUCAGUACGGGACUCUGGAGAAGGCGUGGCACGCCUUCAUGCAGGCGGCCGACCGCCUCAGCGAGAUGCACCUGGAGCUGCGUGAGCGGCUGGCGGGCGAGGACAGCGACACGGUGCGCGCCUGGCAGAAAGACGCCUUCCACAAGCAGCUGAUGGGCUUCAAGGAAACGCGGGACGCCGACGACGGCUUCCGCAAGGCCCAGAAGCCCUGGGUCCGCAAGCUGAAGGAGGUGGAGGCCAGUAAGAAGAGCUACCAUCAGGCCAGGAAGGAGGAGUGGACCACGGUUACCAGGGAAACGCACGCCAGGGCCGACCCGACCAAGUCUCAGGAGGAAGUCCGAAAAUUCACAACCCGGGCGGAGCGCUGCAGCGAGGAGGCCGAGAAGGUGAAGCAGCGCUACACCAAGGCCCUGGAGGAGCUGAACCGCUGUAACCCUCGCUACAUGGAGGACAUGGAGCAGGUGUUCGACCUCACGCAGGAGGCCGAGAGGAGGAGGCUGUGCUUCUUCAAGGACGUCCUGCUGGACGUCCACACACACCUGGACCUGUCCUCCAAGGACGGGUUCAUGAGCCUGCACCGGGACCUGGGUCAGACCAUCAGAGCAGCCAAUGACACGGAGGACCUGCGAUGGUGGAGGAACACACACGGACCGGGCAUGAGCAUGAACUGGCCUCAGCUGGAGGAGUGGUCUCCGGAGGCGAGCCGCUCCAUCAGCAGGAAGGAGCGAGGCGGAAGCUCCCAGAGCGACGUGGUCACCCUCACCAACGUGGUCACCAACGCCCCCCCCAGUCCCAUCACCAUGGAAACCAACAGGGUGAAGGAGUAUUCGUCCGACUGGUCCGACGAGGAGAGUCCUAAGAAGGAGCUGGAGGUGAACGGCAUGCAGCCGGAGGAGGAGGAAGAGGGGGAGGAGGAGGAGGAGGUGCAGGUAGAGGGCGUGCGAGUCCAAGCGCUCUACGAUUACACGGGCCAGGAGGCCGACGAGCUCAGCUUUAAAGCAGGCGAGCAGCUGCUGAAGAUGAGCGAGGAAGACGAGCAGGGCUGGUGUAAAGGUCAGCUGGCCGGCGGCCAGGUCGGCCUCUACCCCGCCAACUACGUGCAGGCCGCCGCCUCCUGAUGCCCCGCCCCCUCUCCGGUCACCCAGCCAAGAUGCCAGGACCAAUCAGAAGCCGUUGCCGCGUAGACGGUGAACCAGGCGGUCGUUUCCUGUCGCCCAGACGGUUUGAGGGCUGAACACGAGGAACACGGACGCCGCUCGCCGCCAUCUUUUUUAGUUACGAGUCAGAAAGUCCCCGUCACCUGGUGAGAGCGAUGGAGGCGCUGACUGUGAUUGGCUGAAACACCUGUCAAUCAAACACAUGCUUUUUUAUGAAAUGGACUUUUUGGUGAGUGAGCAUCGGAUCCCACUCUGACAUCAUGUAGCAGCCGGUUAGCUUAGCAUAAACGAGUUCAAGACUUCCUGUUGAAUGAACGUCACAUGACCAUUUCAACAAGUUCAAAUGAUACCAACGGUUUGGGAAAAUAUUCAGUUCCUUGAUUUAAAAAGUGAAAGUUUAAACUUGUUCAAUACUGUGAGAGUCCCCAAGGAACCCUUCUCUAAGCCCCGCCCCCAGAGGCUCUCUAUGGAGCCGGAUAGUUGUCGGGAACCUGGGCGGAGCUGGCUGAUGCUACGCUAUGAUUGGCCGGUUUGCGUACGAGGGGUGGGACUUAGCAAAGAGUUGUGUCUUAAAUUGCUAAUAAAUUCAUAAACUCGCGAUAAUCUACGGUAGAGUUAACGAUUCAAUUCACACGUAGAACGUGGAGGCAACGAGACGUAACUGUUCUCAAUGCUAAGCUAACCGGCUAAUGGCCUAAACACUGAGAAUAUAUGAAACUGUUUUUAUUCUCUUCAUUACAUGGAAUCAACUUCUCGUGGGGAAAAUAUCAUUUUAAUAGAAAUAAUUUGGGACUUUUUCAGUAGUUUUGUCUUCGAUCUUGUAGCCGUUCGUGGAACUGCAGCUUGAGGCGCCUCCUCGUCUUCAUCAUCAUCCUCCUCCUCCUCUUCUUCCAAAGAGAGGAGACCAACCUAAUAACAACACUCAGUGCCUUCAGUCUGACCCACAGCUCCCAGUAGAACCUCCCACUUCCUUGACCUCAAGGCCUUCUAGCUUGUGAUUGGCUCGUUCAGCUCCGUACGCUUCACUUAUUUUGUAGGUUUUUCGGACACUGGAUUCACUUUGUUCACUUUGUUCUUCGUCGUUAGCAGAAUGUUUGAGUCAACUUUGAUUAUCGACCGUAAAAUGUCGCUACUGUUUAUUUUUUAAGGAAUAGCGUUUUUACUUUCUAAUUUAUUCUCUGAGAUUCCGCCAGGAGUCCAGCUGACUGAUGUUUGGGGGUUUGUUUUGUUUUGCUCACGCACUUCUGACAUAAUAAUAGUGAUAAUAAGUGCUGAUAGUCUUCUUGUGGGUUGCACGUUAGUGUGUGUGUGUGGCGCCUCCUGCUGGUCAGCUAACACCAUUAAUCCGAGAUCAAUAAACGAGCCGCUUCAUUCUUGACUUUAAGGAAUCGUAACUAAACAAUAAAGAUGUUUGUGCAGCUCAA